GUAGAUCCACCCAGUAAGGUCAAAGUGGGCAAAGCGAGAUCUCGAUGGCGUAGACAGAUAGACCUUCGUUACCACCGCCUACAGAGUAUGUGUACGUCAGAGGAUACAGAAUCAAACUUCACCCCACUGAACCUACAUCACUUCCAGUACAACCAUAAAUACCGGAUGUUCUACUGCGGUGUGGAGAAAAGUGGCUCCACAUUUUGGCGAAGACUUCUGCAACAAAUAGACAGAAAUGUUAUCAUUAGUCCAUACAAUAUCCGGCCUGAAAACGGGCUGCUUAAUUAUAAAAACCUUGGCAAUGAAACAAUGGAAGAAUUAGGAGACAUUUUAAAGUUUUCUAUCAAGUUUAUGGUUGCCAGAGACCCGUAUACGAGACUGCUGUCUGGAUAUAUAGACAAGUUAUAUUCACCCAACGUCUAUUUUUGGGACUCCGUAGGGGAGCAUAUCGUGCGAACUGUCCGACCUAACGCUACUAUGAAAAGUAAAACUUGUGGACAUGAUGUGACGUUUUUAGAAUUUGUGAAAUACGUCAUCAAAGCACAGACGACAGGGGAGAAAAAAGACAGUCACUUUAUACCCGCCGUGGAAAUAUGUCAUCCUUGUAAAGUGAAAUUUGACAUUAUAAGUCACAUGGAGACUUUAAAAUUUGACACACGUUACAUUUUAGAAACAUUCAACCUUCGGUCUUACUUAAGCGUUAUUGAGGGCCCGUCCUUUAACAUGCUCAAUGAUACUAUAUAUGAUGCAGCACAGGCUUUUGUGAUAAUGAGGACGGACAUGCGAAGAUGUGUAAAUGUGCACACUGCGCUUCUAAGAGUUUGGAAAAAGCUACAAAUCAAAGGAAUUGUCAGUUUAGAUACAGCAUGUCCUUUUAAAAAAGACGAAGUGUUGGAUUUAACUAUAGACGACCUGACAAGUGUCAUCAGAAAAGCUUUCGAUUCGGCUUCUCUAA